UCCGGGCUUCCUGAUUCACAUGAUGUGACAAGACCGAAGAGGAGAAUCUGGUGAAAUAGCCCUCGUAUUAACAAUUAUAGUCAAGCUCGUUGAAUGCAAACGAACUCGUUGAGUAUAAAAGAUUGUUAUUUUUCAUUGGCAGCUGAUUUAGAGUAAAUAAUAGUACGGAGUUGAGCUUAUAAUGGCCGCUGUUGACAGCUUCCAGCUUUUGUAUAGAGAAAUCGCUAGAUCAUGCAGUUGUUAUGUGGAAACGCUGGCACUCGUGGGUGCGUGUUACACAGCCAGCAAGGCUGUGAUAUUUAUGAGGGACUGCUAUAGCCUGAUAAGGCUUCAUUUUAUUCCUCGUCUUGUGUCCCAUAGAAAUCUUAGUCAGCAGUAUGGACAAUGGGCUCUCAUAUGUGGUGCUUCAGAGGCGAUAGCAAAAGCGUAUGCAGGGGAACUGGCCAGGCAUGGCAUCUGUGUGAUUCUGAUCAGCAGUGACAUCAGUAACUUGACUGACACUGCCAAAGCCAUUUCAGACACUUAUGGGGUAGAGGCCAUUUUGAUUGAAGCUGAUUUCAGUAAGGGGCCCUCGGCCUGCAAACCUAUAAAAGAUGCCAUCGGCGGUAAAGAUAUUGGAUUCAUCAUUAACAGUCUGGAUGGGUCUCUGGACCUCUCUCGAGAGUUUACGGACCUCUCUGAAUCUGUAGUGUGGGACACUAUUAAUAGAAAUAUAGUAGCUGCCACUCUUGUCACCCGUCUGGCACUGCCCAAUAUGGUGGACAAGGGAAAAGGAGCAGUGGUCAACAUUUCUGCUGGGCGCUGCUUGUGUCCGACUUCCAGAAAAGCUGCUCUUUCUGCAUCUACGGCCUUUCUUGAUAACUUCAGUCGCUCUCUGCACUAUGAAUAUGGCCAUCGAGGAGUCUUUGUGCAGAGUUUGCUGCCUUUUAGAGUCUCAUCGCAAGGAUCUGAUGGUUAUGGUCCUGCUAGCUGGCUGGUGCCAAGCCCACAAGUGUAUGCCAGCCAUGCUCUUUCAACUCUGGGUGUCUCUCACCGAACCACAGGAUACUGGCCUCACACCAUACAGUUUCGACUGGUGCAGUGCAUGCCAGAGUGGGUAUGGAUGCUGGGAUCACGUGUGUUCACAAGAGCCACCUGACAGGGAUGUUUCCCCUCCUUGUUUAUGAAACUGGUGUUGCAGAGUUUAUUUCGACCAAACUUAGAAUAACAUGAGUG